AUGAUUCAGAACUAUGGCGCCUUUCUUGAGAAAGAUGGAGCAGGGUUUCAGGGUCAGAUUACUCUAACUGGAUUCAAGAAUGGGGAUGAAGAACCCGGGGGACAACGAGCUUUGAUUUUUGAUCAAGGAAACAGGAUAUCGCAGGGGAUCAGCUGUGCUGACGUGGCGGAUGUAUGUGAAAAGGCAUUGCAUGACUCAACUGCUAGGAACAAGAGUUUUGACAUUUGGUGUUCGAUUUACCAGACAUCUGGUGCUCAAUGUAACUGA